AUGGAAAAUUUGGGCUUGGCGCUCCAGCUAGCCCUCAUAGCCCAGAGAGACUUUGCCAUCCAGACUAACGAGUACUUGGUUUGCGUCGAUACACUCAGGCAGAUUGCUGCUGAACGAUUUGGUAUAGAUAGCAUUGUGGAGGUUGAUCUACAAGACUUAGAUGUUGAUUUCGAAAGAAUCACGGAAAGCAUGGUAAAAGAAGACGGGGUUCUUCAUAACAUUAUAAUAUGGAAGAACUUGGAGAAUUUGCAGCUAGAUCUAGGGAAGAAACGCAACCUUCUACGAGUACUUGAUCAGCUAUCUAGAUACGGCAAGGUCUCGUCCAGAGGUCUUGACGAAGAACCACUACAGUUUGGUGGCCAGAUGGUUCAGAAACCUCCACUCUGUGUUGUCAUUCCUGUCAUCCAGAACGGGGAGCAUAUGCCUCGGAUCAAUCCUCAAAUAAAGAGCAGGUUCUUCUUUUCCCAGCUAUACUUGCCCACUGAAAACGAUACGAUCAAGUUGUUUACGAGCCAGCAGUUAAUUCUAGAGAUGAGAGAGCUCAUGAAAACCGUAUAUGUGAAAGCUACGGUUCAAGAGUAUGUAUUUUCGUUGUUCGUGUUCACUAGGUCCCAUAGGUUGUGCUCCUUGGCACCAUUAACAAGCCGACCUCCGUUGUCAGGUAGAGAGGAUGUGCUCCUUUUGGCAAGGGCACUUGUUGCUGUACAGCACUUUGGUCACGACGAAGCGUUAUACAUGACUCCAGAGCACGUUAAGGUGGCUUACCGUAAGGUAGCCCAAUGGCUAGUAGACUGGGAAACGAACCCUAUUUUUAAUGGGACAGCCGAAGAGGAUAGUUAUAGAAAGAAGAUGGAGGUAUCGAUGCUUACAGGCGACUGGUUCGGGAGUGAGUGGAGAUAUGUGGAUAACUAUUUGACCAAAAACGCAUCUACAAAGGAUGAAAACUCGACCACAGGAUUCACCAAUCCUCUAAUUGAGGACGUUUUAAUGUCUGUUCAGCCUCCAAUCUGA